GAUUUCAAUUCGGAAUUUUGUUUUAUAGCAUUUUGGUUAAGUUGGUACUAUAUUCGGCAGCCCUAUCACCGCCUAGAAAAAGAGCUACCUCAACAUGGCGAGUGGAAUCAGGAAUGUCAUUGUCGUUGGUGGGUCCUACGUGGGAAAAGCCACGGCGCUAGAGCUUGCUCGAGUUAUACCUCCAACACACCGAGUACUAUUAAUCGAACCGCAUAGCCAUUUCAACCAUUUGUUUGUUUUUCCUCGAUUUGCAGUACUUCCCGGCCACGAACACAAAGCGUUCAUUCCAUACUCUAGCACUUUCGCGUCUGUUCCGAAUAGCUCUCUACACUCUGUUGUUCCAGCCCGCGUGCUCUCUGUGCAGCCAAAAUAUGUAGAAAUCGACCGAGAAUGGCAAGGAUCCAACCAGGUUCCCUUCGAUUAUCUCACCAUUGCAACGGGCACUAGUCUGGUGGAACCAGCUAGCAUGCGAUAUGACGACAAGGCUUCCUCGGCAGCCUACUUAAAGAGCCAUCAGGAUAAUGUCAAGCGGUCAAAGUCGAUUGUAGUCGUCGGUGGUGGCGCGGUCGGCGUUCAGAUGGCAACUGACUUGAAGGAGAUAUACCCAGACAAAGAGAUUACCGUGGUGCACUCUCGAGCCCACUUGAUGCCUCUUUAUCAUGAGAAAAUGCAUGAAAUUAUCAAAAGGAGAUUUGAUGAACUAGGGGUUCGGCUUAUCACAGGCUCUCGCGUGGUUAUCCCUACAAACGGUUUCCCUAAAGAUGAGAGCGACUUUGUUGUCGAACUUACCAAUGGCACGAAGCUGAAAACAGAUUUUGUAAUCCUGGCAACAGGACAGAAGCCGAAUAAUCGUCUUAUUCAAGAUUUGGUCGCUACGGCGCGUGAUUCCUUGAUCAACCCAAAAAACGGAUUCAUUCGUGUCAAGCCAACACUGCAGUUCCUCGAUAGCCAAUAUCCCAAUCUUUUCGCGGUCGGCGAUAUUGCCGAUACCGGGAUGCAUAAGGCUGCAAGACCGGGAUCAUUACAGGCGGCCGCCGUGGCCAAAAACAUCCAGGCGCUGAUUGAAGGUAGAGACCCAGAGGCAGAGAUUAGCUGGAGUCCUCCAGGAAUUCAUAUGUCGCUAGGACUAAAAUACAACAUCGUAUUCCGGAAUCCAAAUCCAGCUGAAGGUCAAAAUGAGCCUGUGGUCAAAUACUCAGAUGAUGGAAAGGAAGACCUCAAUGUGGAGUCGAUGUGGACAAGGAUGGGCGUCCAGGCAGAUGAACCAGGUCGGUACCAUUUAUGAUGCGGACAAAGCAAUAGAAGCGGUGGAAGACCUGCAUGCAAUUGUAUGAUUAGCAAUCAACACUGUAGCCUCAAAUCAGAUGCAUGAUCUCGCAUUGUUCUG